UAGCGGUACACUGAACCAGAGUCACUGAUUGACGAUUGUGUACUGUGUAUCUUGGCUGCCUAUUGACUAUUGCCUGCUGUCCUGUCAGUGUUUAUAACAGUGAGAAAUCCACGAUCCUACCUAACCUAAGCAGUAGCUGCACGAAUAGAGCUUCUAAACAGGCUGCUUUGUCCUUUUGCAGAAUGUAACUUCUGAGUUCAGAAAUCAGAAAUGUCAUGUGGGACAAUUACCUUUGGCAAUUUUAGAGUGCAAGUUAAAUCUGCAGACCGACUUUAGUAAAAAGUCAUGGCGAAGAGAGGGCGAGGGGCUCGCAGAGGUGGUGGAGCUCCGAAGAAUCGCGAUGGAAUAUCAUCAUCUGUACUAGGAGCAAGUAAACAGGACCCUGUAGAAGAAGUGGUAAAAAGUGAAGACAAAGACAAGCAAGAGCAUGAGGUGGCACGUGUCUCAGAAGAUUCUAAUGAAGUUGUUCGUGUCCCUGAACAGGUUGAUACAGAAUUAGGUGAACCAGGUUCCCAUUCUGAUUCAGGAGCAAAGCAACGGGAAGGAAAACAGCAGCUCUGUGCCCGUGAAGAAGCUUCGACAAGUGCAGUUGAGAUUGUAGAGGCCAAACAGACACCAGACAUUGAAUUAAAUGUUAAAAAAGAUGACAUCCCUUUUUGUACUGAUGGAGGAGAAACAGCCCAAGAAGAGGCCAAAGUUUCUCAAACGGCAGAAGAAUACUCUAGAAGUAGUGAGUUGUCUAACUCUGAGGUUGAAGACAGAGGAUUCAGAAAAUCUAGUUCCUUCAAUACUGAGGAUGUGGAAAUCAGUCAGUCGAAUUCCUCACAGAUUAAAAAUACUGGUGAAAAUGCAAUUGCGAAUGAUUUGGGUUCUGAAGAGAAUAACAAAAAGAUAGAGAAUCAUUCACAAAGUCCUGUGAAGCCCAUAAAUUUGCAGAAAGAAGGCCAGGAUUCCCAAAGUAGGGAGCAGGAAAAUCAGACUUUUACAGAGGUCAUUACUGAAUCAGAGUGCCCCAUUGAACAACAUCUGAGCUUUGGAAGUGGGGAAGAAAAGACAACUGAGGACUUUGUAGAAAUUGUGGAUGAAAUAUGUGAAGACGUUUCAAAAGAUGAUCCAGAUGAGGUAGAAGAAUUUAUUGCUGAAGCGUUUUGUGUUGAUAAAGACGAUGAUGAUGAUGUUCAUUAUAUUGAUGAAGAAAUUGUUGAUGAUCUGCCAGUUGAUGAAAUGUCUCAAAGUCAGAGCUCUUUGAGUGUUGGAGGUAAGGGAAAGGCUGAUGGGAAGAGGACAAAAGUUUCUUCUUUCAAAGACCGAAGGCUUGUUUCAGAAAACACUCUAGAAGAUGCUUCUAGCAAGUUUGAGGAGAUAUCUGAAGGGUCGAUUGAUGAGACAGAGCAAGAUGAAGUGAUUAAUGAUGACGAUAGUUUAGAUCUGGAAAUUACAGGUGAAUCCCUUGCUGUGGAGAUUCCUGAAGGUCAGCAUGAUGAAAAAAAGCAGCUGCCUUCAUUAGAUAAUGAAGCAGAGUCUCUUGAAGCAGUUUUCUUCGCCACUGAGAAUGACACAGAUGAAAAAGUGUUAGUAGAAGAUAAAGAUAACGAGGAUAAUGAUGAAAUAUCAGAUGCCAGUUUGUCUGAUCAUAACUUAUCAUUAGAAGAAAUUAGUGACGAUGAUUUGGAAAUGUCCAAGAAGCGUCGAAAGUCUGUUGGCCAGAUGCCUGCAAAAAUUGUUGACACAGACACCUUUAGUCAGGAAGCAAAGAUGAGCACUACACUUGAGGCAAAACAAGAUGGCACAGAAGAAAAGGGCAACUUGAAGAAAAGACCAGCCCCUAAUGAUGCAGAAAGUUCUGAAGUUAAGAAGCUACGACUCACUUCGGAAGAAGAGGCAUCGAAAAUGAAUGUUGCCGAACCGAAUGCUGAUAAUGAACCAGCAUUUUAUACGGGGCUAUGUGCUACUUCGAGUAAUAAAGUGGAUGAAGAGAAGGCGAUGUCGGAGCCUAAUGCAAUGCCACAAAUUCAAACACGUCAUAUUUCAGUUGACAAGAAGGAUACUGAUGCAUCUUCUGUUGUGGAUGCUCGCUCAAAAAAAUGGAAGGACACUAGUAGUCAAACUGACAAGAAACAUCUCAAAGGUAAAAUUGUUCAGUGCAGCAUCAACCCUAUUAAAAUGUCCACAAAUGAAGAGGCAAGGGCCUCAGCACAAGGAACAGUGUCUACUGCCGUCUUUAACAGAUUUAAGACUCUGAUCCCCUCCAGCAUCUCUGACAAAGUAUUUACUACAGUUACCUCUGCGUCUCCUGUUGAUAAUGAAUGCAGUUACUCUUUGAGUAUUGGCCCUGUAACCUUAUCAGACAUGGACAACGAUUUCUUCAGAGACACUGCCCUCAAGGGAAUGAAAAAGUUCAGCUUGACGUUUGAUCAAUACUCUCAAGGAAUUCUCACUGGGUCUCUAGCUCAGCAGCAGGAUGUAGUGCAAAUGAUGCGAAAGCUUAAGCAUUUGCAACUUGGCAACCGCUAUCUGGUGGUUUCUGUGACUUACCAGUUUGGAGGGACCACUUCUCAGUGCUGGACAGGCACAUUGAUUUUGCUCUUUGAACAAGAUUCACAACAAGCAUAUCAAACAGUCACAUGGGAUGGCAAAGUGAGAGCACAAGUUACUGUCUCAGGUGUUCCACCUAAUGUAAGCAAAGAUUUUGUGCACAUCUUCUUCCCUGAAGCUCUGAGUGUUGCUUCUGCUACCAGCAUUACCGAGGGCAGGGCUAUGGCUUUGAGUUUCUCUAGUACCAUUCUGGUAGAUGAAAUUCGUUCGUGUUACGACCUUAUUCUGAUAAAUGGAUGUCAGGUCAAUCUUAAGGCAAGAGACAGCGUGGAAGUUUCUUCUUUUGUCAAUGUCAAGGAGGCAGGGUUUGAAGAGCAAGCAGGCGUGGUGGUGAUACAGGAUGUGGAUGAGGUGGAGGAUGCAGUCCCCUCAGCCUCUGUUGUUGUGCAAGAACUUCCUGUGAGGGCAGAUGCAAGGGACCAGAGAGUGGUGACUUCUGUCUCUGACCCCGUUCCCAGUUUGGAAGGAGAAAGUUCUGAGCUUGUGGAGAAACCUACUGAAGUUGAUGCUGGGGCUAAGAUACUGGUGAAAGAAGCUGAGAUAUUUUCAGAGGCCGGUUAUAUGGAGUCUGCUACACAGGCAACUGCUGUGAAAGAUAUUGAAGCAUCUGAGACAGUCAUUAUGGACCCUGCAAUGCAGGUGACUAUUGCACAAGAAUCUUACAGUCAGGAGUCUGCUACGCAGGUUACGGAUGUGGAACAGACUAAAGUUCAGAAGUGUGCUCCUCGGGUUACCCUGACACAAGAGACUGAGGCUUCAGAAACUGGUGCCGAGAAAACUGCUGAUAUGGAAGUUGAUGAGACUCGAAUGACAGAAUUGAAGGAAACUGAUUUUCUGGAGCCUGUGAUGUCGGGGAGCACAGUCACUGCCUCUGAUAUGGCAACAAAUUGUGGCAUGACAGAUACUGACAGGGAUGUAGCAAGAGCGGAUGUCAGCAAGUCCAAAGAUAAUAGUGAAUCUACAGAAGAUAGCACUGUCACUGUUGGAGAAGCUGGAGCUGUUGUGAGCUGUGGUUCUGACAAAACCCAUCCUCCAGCUGAUACUUCACAGCAAGAAGAGGUUACCGAAGCAGCGGAUGGGACUGUAGUUAAUGAAAAUGACACUGAUGGGAACAAGUCUUCAGUGUUUGGAGUUGAUCCAGUGGGGACAGAAGGACAGACUGAGGGAACUCAGAAACGAAGUGAAGAGGAUGGAGCUGAAGUAAGUGGUCUGCUGUCUGGAGAGUCGGCAGCAACAGUGGCAGAGUCCAGCACCUCAAAGGAUGAGGCUACAAAUGUUUUGUCAGAGGAGGGCAGUGACAGACCAACGAGGCAAGAUACGAACACUGGGUCAACAAUCACAGCCGGUGAGAAUGCUGACAGUAGUCUGGCGGCUUUUGUUGACUGUAAAUGUGAUGCUGCUGCUGCUAAUGCUGAUUUAGCUGUGGUUAAAAGUAGUAACCUAGAAGAUGUUAGUGAUGAGGAGAUGAUGCCUGCUCAGGAGCAAGAGAGUGAUGAUGAUGAUGAUGUGGUCAUUUUGCGAGAAGAUCCUUGGAGCAAAGUGGUGGCGAAUAUUGACUUGACGGUUGACGAUAACACUAACACCCCUGAAGGUGUGCAUAAAGAAGAUGUGACAUUGGACAAAAAUAAGAGUAAUGUUGACAAGGAUAGUGGGGACAAGUCCAAUGUCCUUGUGAUGACCGACGGGCAAUUGGAGGUGAACAUGGAAGUUGUAGAUGUCAGUGAUGAUGGUGAGCAGCAGGAACGAGUUUUAACGGCAAGCAGUAGACGAUGGUCUAGUUCAGCUGUCUUGCAAGCUCCCUCUUAUGCUGGCCCCCCUCAGGAGAGGCCAUUGCACCAAGAUCGGAGGGAGGAUAGAAGAUUGUUGUCCUCUCAGUUUGCUGAACGCGGAGGUCACAAUGAGAGCAGGCCCUAUUCCCGUCUGAUCUGUUCAGAUGGUAAUGCAAGGGCCAAGCGCUCUGACUCGUCGAAAGAGAAGUCUCCUACAAGAUACCGGGUCCCUUCUCGAGAGGCAACUUCACGUAGAAGACAACCGUUUAGGAAGAGAAGUUCUCCAUCCCCGAGUCGACCACCAGGGUGGAAUAGAGAUGAUGAAAGGUACCAAUAUUCUAGGCAGAACUAUGCUCCAGAUUAUGAGUACAGUUCAUACCGUUACUCUGUGCCCUCCCAGAAGUAUGAAGGGGACACCUGGUCCCGAAGAUACGACAAGUGGAACCCCCAAGAGCAGCAGCAGCAGCCACCUCUGCGAGCACCAAUGGAAAGGCAUGGAAUGAGAGAACCUCUUCUACCAUCAUCGUACGAAGUCGGUGCUCAUUCUCAUAGUGGGGAGCCCCGAGUCUCACAGCCCAGGUCUGCUUGGAGGAAGGAAUAUCAGGCGGUCAGAGAUGACAUUGGAGACCAGCCUUAUGGUGGGUACAGGAAGAGUGCUCCUUCUAAACCUGUGAGAUCACCGUCAAGGUCUCUCUCUAGUCUUUCUUCUGAAGGUGUUUCCAAUAAUGAUAGACGUGUUUCCAAUGCUGAUAGACAUGUUUCCAAUGCUGAUCGACGGGUUUUGGCCGUUGGCAAACUCAAACAGCCAUCACGGCGUGUAUCUCAUAGCCCUAUCUCCGUGUCAUCCAGGUCUCAUUCUCUCAGUCUUGUGUCGAAGUCACCAACUCCUGAGUCCAUAAGGAAGAGGAGGGUCAGUGGUGCAAAGCAGUCAUUUCAUAAGUCUAGAAAACUGCGCAGCUCUCCAAGUGACCGUUCAAGGUCUAAGAGCCCGCAUCGGUAUUCACAGCAAAUGAGAGGACUAUCACGUAGAGAUAGAAUGAGGUCAUGCAGUCCUCGUCAAAAAUCCCCUGUGACUCCCCCAAGGAGGGUUUAUAUUCGCAAAACAGGGAGAAGUUCACGCAGCCCUGAAAGGAGUAGAUCCCCUGGUGGUCCCAUGUUCCAUCGUGAAAGAUCAAAAAGCCCCUGGGAGCGUGAUGUGCAUUACAAGAGAUCCCCCAGCCCUCAGCAUCGAGAAGAGAUGGGACUGAAAAGGAAAAUUUUUCAGUCAAGGUCCCCUGUGAGACGCAGCAGCCGUUCACCCCCUUCAAACUGGUCGCCUAAGAGAGAUCGUACCCAUGAAUGGAUUCGGUCUCUGGAGCAGGAAGUUGUGAGGGUGUCCCGGAAACGCUCACCUCGGAGAGAAGUGUCCAAGAGCAAGCCGUCUACCUCUGUGCAGAAGUGGGACUCUCGUAAAGGGGCUGGCACCAGCAAAGACCUGUCCAGCUCAUCUCAGGUUUCCCCCGCCAUGUCAUUCACAAUUCCUCCUCCAAACAUGAAUGUCCCCCCUCCAGGGUACCUCUCCGCAGGAGACAGUGCCUCGACUCCAUAUCAGUCACAAGGGGGUGCCUACGUAGCUGGGACAAUGCCUGUGUAUCAGUAUGGACACCAACAUUACUCUUAUUCCACGAUGCCCUCUAAUGCAAUGGCUGGACCAUACUUUACGCCGGUGCCUCCGACACAUGCAUACGCACAGUCAUACCAGGGGGCGUACCCUGUGAUCCAAGUGCCCAUGCAGCAGGUGCCAGUUGAUCCCAAACAACAGUCGUACCACCCACCCAUGCAGCCCCCGCCCAAACCACCGCUUGACCCCAGACCAAAGUCUCCCUCACCAACUCAGCGGCCUUCUGCCUCCUCCACCAGUUCUAGAAAAAGUUCUGGUUCCGGGUCACAGGCAAAAAAGAAUUGGUCUAUGGGCAGCAAUGCUUUGGUCUUCCAGCGCAUUCUUAGUUCUGAUGGUAAAGGGAAAAACUCUUGACUUGGUUUAAGUUUCUCAUUCAGGCAUGUAUUAACUGUGCGAGGUUGGGGCCCACAUGUCCCAUAGACUCAAAUAAAGGUACAAGGAAGGAACUGUGGAGCAUCUUUCUUUUCCCAAAUAUAUACUUCAGAAACUGUUAACUUGACCGUUUACCUACCACUACACACAUUUUCUCCAUUCUGAGCUGUGAAUGGGUUUUUGAUGUGAUUCACGGGUACACUUGAAAUCACUUAACUGAAAGUUAACUGUUUACAGUGAGAUGGUUCGAUUGCCAACUUGGAUGAUUGGUUCUAUCUUCCAUCCCAAAAUGAGAUCUAUAGUAAUUAUGAUAGCAUCAUGUACUAAAAUAAUUAAACGUUCAUUGUUACCUUCUCUGUUUAAUAACAAAAGGAGCACAAAACUGAUGUCUAGCAUAAAAGACAACGGAAAAAAGUGGUGCUGUGUUAUAGUUGAUAUCGAUGACAUGGAGACUGAAGAUGUUUUCUCAAAAUGCUAUUUCCACACAUUGGCUGGCAAAAGUGUCAUUUCCAAGAACACUACUUUAGGUAGACCUACUUUGAAAAAUAAAAACCAUGUUGGUAAAGAUUUCCUUUGUGGAAAAUUAAAUGAACGUUGCUGCUCUCAAAAAUGCCACGUGGACUGUAAUACUAAUGAGACUGUUGACUUUACUUGGAUAGUUGGACACCACAGGCAGUUCCACUGGACAAUAAAAUAAGGUUUAGCAUUUUGUCACAUGGUCUGAUGGUAGAAAAGUUAAGUUUUUGGGAAGGUCCAAAACUCAUGUAAAUGAAUAAAUCUUCUCUUGCAGAAGUACUUGCUAUUCCAUAAUAAGCGAAUUUAGUGGAGAUAUAUGUGGUUUUAUUCAGGUCCCUAUAAUAACACUCGAGCAAAUGGGAAAGAUAAGAAACUUCGAAUCAGUUCAGGUUUUUCUGACAACAAUUUGAUUAUACAAGCUCCAGAUGACAUAUAAUUUCACUGAAACUUUUAGAAUGGGAGAGAUUUGUGGUUUCCAACAGGCACCUAUGAUAUUGACAAAGUAUAAUGGUUGUUCUACCACAUACUGUGUUUUGUGUGAAAACGGUUCUCGUUUUUGUUUGUUUUUUUAAUUGAAUUUGUGUUUUGCAGUGAUCGUAAGCUGUUAGAAUUUUAGCACAAGGUAUAUGGAUGAAAACUUGUUUGUUUAUUCAGUCUUGAUGAAAGGAUGGUGUGUACACUUUAACAUAGAUGGUGAGCAUUUUAUUUUGUGAGCAAGUUAUGCAUUUGUCAUCUGCAUCCGUGAUUGUUGGAUGUUUGAGUGGCUGAGAGGAUAUGAAAAGGCUGAUAACUGUUCAAAAGUUUCUGUACUUACAGAAUGUAAGCAUGUUUAUGGAGACCUUGUUUUGUUCAUGAUAUUGGGUAUAACUGUUACUUUCACCUCAGUAUUUUGAGACUGGAAUUGAGAGCAGUUCGUCUCCUCUUGUUGAGCACAUGCAGUGAAGUGCUCUGACUGUAUAUAUUGGUGUAGUGACAACAGACAGGAAUUCGUGUGUAUGGAAACUUUUGGACCAUGCUAUUUUUAUUUUUUUGCAAUAUAAAAUCAUUUUGUACAAAUUACAGUAUGUCUGUCACGUGGUCACUGCAUAAGAUCACUCUGAUUCUGUUGUUGUUCUAAUGCUGGGCUGUGAUUAUGGUCAAUCCCUGCUUUUCCACCAGCAUAAUGAAGUCUAUGGAGCAAUGUAAAUCACAGCUCUCUCGCAUUCCUACAACUAGUACAGCAUGGUCUACUGUGUGCUGAUGCCAAGAAGGGCAAUACUCUCAGCUGUGAAGGGUGCAUAAAAGGAGAUUCCUAACAUUGUCGUUUGUACUAGAUUAUUUUUGUAUUAUAUUGUUCUAUCAGAUAAUUGCUGUUGAUGAGAAUUUUUGCACUGCCUGUUUUUUCCUGUGAUCUGCCCAUGAUAAUUUUUUCUUCCGACUUUGUGAUGUGCACGCGUGAAUCCAGUUUCACAUUGACUCUAGGUGUGUAUGCGUGCUCCCAUUUACACUUGCAGUCAAUGCUGGAUUUGUUUUAUGCAUCCUCUGCAGUGAUACGAAGAAUUCUCAAAACAGAGUUGAAUGUAUGCUAAUUUUCUUCUUGGUUGAAUCCAUUAGUUGUAAUUAUAAUACAGUGGAGUCCACUUAUAACGAGUCAGGAAACAACGAGAAGUCUGUUAUAAAGACGCUAUUCUAAAA